AUGUGGUUCAACUCCCCACGCUUGCCCCAUUUGAUCCGAUUCCGACAUCUCUCUCUUUUUUUGGUGCAGGACUUGGCCAAAACGUAUCCCAACAACAAGGUCAUCACUUCAAAGUACACAGUCUUGACCUUUGUGCCGAAGAACGUGUGGGAGCAGCUUCACAAGGCAGCGAAUAGCUACUUCUUGUUGAUCUCAUUCAUCAUGUUCAUUGGGAACUACACCCCUUUGUUUCAUGGCUUCAUCCAAUUCUACUCCACCUUCCUAGCGCUUCUCAUCAUGAUGACCGCUUCAGCCGUGAUCGCCGCCCUGGACGAUCUGCGCCGGCACGAUGCGGACGUGAAGACCAACGGGCAGAUCGCACAUCGGGUGACGGGCGACGGUGAUGGCAGGUGUAGCUCUGAGGAUGUGAGGUGGGCGGAUGUGGUGGUGGGUGACAUCCUCAUCAUCGAAGGCGAAUGCGAGUUUCCAGCCGACUUGGUGCCAUUGGCUUCCUCGAGUCAAGCGGGAGGAUGCUACGUGGAUACAGCCAAUCUGGAUGGGGAAAGCAAUCUGAAGCUGAAGGAGUCGGUGAAAUGCACUCAGCAGCAGCUACGCUAUGCCACCACCGAUCAGCCUUUGUUGGACCAGGCCGUGGCCAAUCUGAGCACCCUGAAGGGCCAUGUGGCAGCGGAGGCGCCGCAGAAGUCCAUCCACAGCUUCAAGGGACGCAUCGAGCUGGACAGCGGCACGCAGGACGCAGACGAAGCCUUGGAUGCCAAGCAUUUGCUGCUUCGCGGCACCGUCUUGAAGAACACCUCGUGGGUCUUGGGCUUGGUGGUCUAUACGGGUCCGGAGUCUCGCAUGGUCAUGAACUCGAGAGAAGCGAAAGCCAAGUACCCCAACAUCGAAAAAGUCAUCAACCGCUCCAUGCUGGUGGUGGUGGGUGCUCAAUGCCUCAUGGCGCUCAUCAGCGAUAUUCUCUACCUGGUGACGAAGCAACAAUUCUUGAGCUUGUGGUACUUGUUCCCUGCAGGGGAGGUCCAGUCCAUCUUGCUGCCCGAAUUUAUUGGCUAUUGGCUGACCUUCUUUGUGCUCUAUUCCAACCUGAUGCCCAUCUCUUUGUAUUUCACCAUGGAGGUAUGCAAUGCUGCGCAGGCCGCAUACUUCAUCAAGAAUGAUUUGCAGAUGUACGAUGAGGUUCAGGAUACUCCUGCCAACGCUCGAACCACGAAUCUGUGUCAUGAGCUUGGGCAAGUCUCCUACGUUUUCUCAGACAAGACUGGAACAUUGACGCAGAACGUCAUGGAGCUCAAACGUAUCUCCAUUGGAGGUGAGAUCUAUGGUGAGACGGGAGAGGAGUCUGGCUUUCAGGGCAGGGCAGCCAUGCUAAAUGCCAGGUUGAAGAAUCCUUCACAAGCAGCUGCCAUCGAUGCAGUCUUAGAGGUGCUGGCCGUCUCCCACACAGUGGUCUCCACCAAAGACCGCAGUGGGAGAAUGAAAUACGAGGCCGAAAGCCCGGAUGAAGGUGCCUUGGUUGAGGCGGUGGGAAGGCUGGGCUGGGUCUUCACCGGGCGUACCAACGAGGGCCUCACGGUGGAGGCACAACAUCACCGACCCAUCCAACCGAGUCUUGAGGCCCUCAACGCCUUUACCUCAGCCAGGAAGCGGCAGUCGGUGCUGGUGAGGAGGCCAUCUGGAGAGGUGGUUUUGCUGGUCAAGGGAGCUGAUGAUGUGAUGCAGAAGCUUGCAGCGGAUCCUCAAAGCUUCCCAGAGGAGCAUCUGAGAGCCUUCGCGAAGCAAGGCCUGAGGACUUUGGUCAUGGGGAGGCGAUGGAUCUCGGAGGCGGAGCUACGGCAAUGGCAUCAAGAAUACACCAAAGCGCAGACUUCCAUGCAGGACAGAGAAGGUGCCCUGGCGCAAGUUGCUGACCAGAUCGAAAGGUCUUUGGAGACCUUGGGCAUCACCGGCAUCGAAGACAAGCUUCAGGUUGGAGUGGAGGAUGCCAUCGUGAAGAUCCGGCAGGCCGGGAUCAAGCUCUGGGUGCUCACUGGCGAAGCUCGGCCGCGCUUGGUAGUGCUUGGUGAUGCGGGGGAUAAGCUGGAGACCGCCAAGAACAUUGGCUUCAGCACGCGAGUUCUCAGUUCCAGCAUGGAGAUUCUGACGUUGGACCUGACCGAUCGGAGGGCCUUCAAGGACCGACACGCGGGUCGGGUGGAGGCAGGACCAGCGGCCUCCAACAAUGGGGUCACGGUGGCCUUGAUCGUCACGGGCCAUGCUUUGGAGGCACGGCUCAUGACAGGUCAUGGCGGAUCACAGGGCGGAUCGCAGGCCAAGAGUCAACCAAAAGGCAAAUACCAAGAUCUCUUCUUGGAGGUGGCCGUCCGAUGCUCCGUGGUGAUCGCCUGCCGGGUGUCGCCCUUGCAGAAGGCGGAGGUGGUGACGGUGGUGAGGACGGACGGGAAGGGCGUGAAGCCGACGCCCGUAACGCUGGCCAUCGGCGACGGGGCCAACGACGUGCCCAUGCUACAAGAGGCUCAGGUGGGCGUUGGCAUCUCUGGACGUGAAGGAAGGCCGGAGACGUCGAAGGAUGCGGGAGACCGGGAGCCGACCAGCGUCGGGCAGGCCGUGAACUGCGCGGACUUCGCCAUUUCCCAGUUCCGGUACUUGGCACGGUUGAUGCUGGUGCACGGGCGCUGGAACUAUCGACGUGCGUGCCAAAGCCUCUUUGAGGAUAUGGUCAGAGCAUCCUACAACUUUGUGCUGGCAGCACCCAUCAUUACCACCGGCGUUUUCGAUCAGGAUGUGACGGAAGAGCAAGUCAUGGCUGAUCCUCGCUUGUAUGUGAGUGGGCGAGAAGGCUUGGAUCUCAACGCGUCGAAAUUGGUGGAGAUGUUGCUCUCUGCGGCGGUACAUUCCUGUGUCAUUGGCUUUGUGAUGCUGAUGGUGUUCUACGACAUGUCCAUCCUUCAAACAGGGGAUUUUUACACCUUUGGCACUACAGUCUUUACUGUGCUGGUGAUUUCCAUGAACUACCGGGCAGCCUUCGUCACCAGGACGUGGAACUGGGUCACACUCGCUGGACAAGCAUGUUCCUUUCUCAUUUACCUGAUUUUCCUCUUGGUAUAUUGCAAUAUUGAGUGGAUGACAGAGCACUUCCAGUUGGACACUGAGCUUUUCCUUCUAAUCGUCUUUCUUGAACUCUUCCAUGGGGCAUGCAGUUUGAUGCCAGGGGUGAACCUAUUAGCCCAUGUGUGCUGCUGCUAG